AUGCCUAGAGACGAUUUGUCCAUCGAUUUUGUCAAGAGGAUGCCGCAAGCCGAGCCUCUCGACCCCGGCUUGAUCCUCGAUGACUGGAUCAACCGGGUCCAGAACCUCCCCGAAGAGAUUCGUUUCAUUCAAGAAGAAAUAUCAGACAAGGACCGUCAAUACAAUGAUUGCAUCCGCAUGAUCGAAGACCGCGAUGGCAAGAUCCAAAAGUGGAUAAAGACGAAUGGGAGUCAUGAGCCUAACCCCAAAGAAGAUAUGCUGCGAGCCCAGAUCCGCGAGAACUACAAUCGGGCAGACCAGUUUGCACAAGACAAGAUCAAUCUUAUGCAAAGGCUGCAGCUCGUCAUGGACAAGCACCUGCGUAGUUUGGAUAUUCAGAUCAAGCUGCUUUAUGAUCGUGCCGAACCUGGCUUCACAGACCCUGAUGAAGUUCCUUCGCUUCUUCGCCCCAGUGCCACUAAUCACAGCGCCCCUUCCGCUCGGACACUGAACCUAUCCAAUAAUAUCAACUCACCCGGUCCUCUGGCUUCACCGCGCAAUCCUGCUGCGGGCCCUGCCAACCCGGCCAUGGUUCGACUACCCAACCAACCCCAGAUAAGGCAUCCCCAGGCCCAGCAGCACGUUGCACAGUACCAGCAGCACGCGUCCUCCGCACCGGCCACGCCUGCCGCAAGCAUAAUACUGAACAGGCAGCGAGAGAGCUCAGCUGGUCCAGCGACGAAGAGAGGGCCACGGUCUAUCACGGGGCCUGGAAAUAUGCCCACAACAUCAAGUGGUUUGGCGAGGCAUUCAUCCUUGGGGCCUGGAACGCCAAAGAAUGGAGCUGGGACAAACUUGGGAGCUGGUGGCGCUGUUCGAGCAGGUAGUGCUGGGCCGAGAGCAGGAUCAGUUAAAGCGGUAGUUGGAAUGGCUGGCCGCAGAGGAACCCCGACAAUGAGCGGGCGUAAGAAGCCACCCAAUAGGUCAUCGCUGUCACGGGUGAAGAAGGCGUCGAACAGAAAUUCACCAGCCUCAACGGCUGAUAGUGACUUGUCAGACGCUGGAAGUGGCAGUGGUGAAGAGGAUGACAGCAUCGAGCCAAGACCGAGGACCACCUUGGCUAGGGAUGGAAAAAAUGGCAAUGAGGCGCCAGGAGAUGCCGAUGACGAUGAGGAUGGCGGCGAUGACAAACAGUAUUGCCUGUGUUAUAACGUGAGCUAUGGAGAUAUGGUGGCUUGCGACAACGACAAUUGUCCAUAUGAGUGGUUUCACUGGUCUUGUGUUGGACUCAAGAGCGAACCUAAUGGCACUUGGUAUUGUCCCGAGUGUACCGAGAAGCUGCGCAAGGGGAAGUAG